AUGGAUUUAACAAUGGAUUUAUCAAUUCGUAGGCUACAGCAAUCACUAGCUCCGCUAUCACGACCUAUCCUAAAUCCUGAAGCACCAACUAAUAUGUUACAAGAUUCAGCUGAUCGUAAUUCUUCUCAUUUGUCUCCUCCAACCGUUACUAUGCCUUCACACAAUUCAAUUCAUCAACAACAACAAUCUCAUCAAUAUGUUCAUGUUCCUCCAACUGUUCAACAACAAUUAAAUCAAAUUCAAGAGCAUCAACAAUGUGUGGUGCAUCGAUCUAAAUACGUUCAAUUACUUAAUGUUAUCGAAGAAAUGGGUAAAGAUAUUAAACCAACAUAUGCAGGAAAUAAAAUUCUGCUGAGCGUUUAA